AUUUUAUUACUGUUAUUAGUAGUUGUUAAAUAAUCUAUCUAAUUUAUUGGAGUGAAAACAUUUCCUUCAGACAUGUUUCUCCCCAGAACUAUAUUACAUGUGAGCACAUAAUAUUAGUUAUAGUUGACCAAUACUCCUUUUUUCUGAACGGUGUCCGACGGCCUCACAAGCCGUGUCUCCGUUCAGUGGGCUGCAUCCUCAUGAGGACCCGGCCUUCGCGGCCACUGUAGUACAGCAGACUGACAAUACAUUUCCCCCCAAAUCUAAUUCCUAAUGUUGGAGAUCUGGAAGGUUGCGUGGUGGGAUUGUCCAUACCUCAUAUAUGCAAGCGACCCAUGAAUGUGUGCUUUUGGGGAGGUUUGACUACAUCACUCCGCUGCUGGUGGGACCCUCACAGACUUGUUGAAGCUGAAGUUCAAAUCAACGAUGUGUUGUGCAUGAGAACCUGCCGCAGCUCACCAAGUUUGUAGGUUUAGUUCUGAUGGGGAAACAAGUUUGACCCAGGAGGCGUAGACGGGUCCCCGCUGUGCUCCCCGCCGACCCAGGAGGAGGAGGAGCAUAUAUACAUGCCGGACAUAAAGCGCACACACAUACACACUAUACACCACAAUCAGACAGAAUAUAUAAACCGUAUACUUGUGUGUAUGUAUACAUAUAUAUAUAUGACAGUACAUACAUCCAUCACAUAUACACCUUGCAAGUGGAAAUCUAUUAAAGUGUGAUACUCAUGUGACUAAACAUGUCAUUUUGUUGCACAACUGAUCCUGUUUUUUCAUUUGUUUUAUCUUUUCACAUUCAAGUUCCAACCCGAUUGUGUCGAGCAAGAGAUCAACUUAAUAAAAACAAAUGUUACCAAUGUAAACUUUUCCUUAAGAGGUUGUUUAACAAAUCAAUGUUCCGAUGAUUGUCAAUGACAGAAAAUACAAGUGUUAUUAUUUGGAUAUCAUUUGGAUAUUAUUUGGAGUUUCUGUCAUGUUUUGUUUAAAGCUACACGGAGGCGUCAUUAGUCAAAUAAAGCAAGCAGGCUUAAGUGUCGCCGGUGGAAUUACUCCCAUAUAGAAGCAGGUGCGAGCUGCUGGACACAAGGGAGACCGGUCCAACAGGUUCUUGAUCUUCAGGAAAAGAACCAGACAGAUGGCCAACGUGUCCUCAGCUCAUCAUCUGUCUGCAGAAGAUGUCAUUUAUCUCAGUGGCUCACUCGAUCACGCCGUCGGCAUAGUGGUCAACUGCUGGGCUCUGUGGCUGAUCGUCUCCGGGAAGCGCAGCAUCAUCACAUCGGAACUUUUAACUCUAAACCUGCUUACCGUGGAAAUCUUCACUUCCUUGUGUUUUUUUCUUUCGCUGAUUGAAAUAUUUUUGAAACUGGGUGCUCUGGUCGCUUUGAUAGAAUUCCAACGUGGAAUGGCUGUGACAGGAAGAGUCUUGUUCCAGUGCCACAUCUGUGUGGAUCGCUAUCUGGCUGUGGCUCAUCCGAUGGUGUUCAUCAGAUACAAACAACUGAGGUAUAGGGGAACCUGUCUUGCUGCGGUUUGGCUGGUCGUUCUGUAUUCUGGGCUCACCAAUGUCUUCCUACCAGGGAAUACCUCCAUGUUAUUCUUUUGUUCACUGACUAUUCUGGCCCCCGCCCUCGUCAUUGAGCUCCUCUGCAGUCUGUCCAUUGUCUGGAUCCUUCGGAGGCCCAACCCCGGAAGCAAAGCUCAGGAGAAGGAGGGCAACCAGCAGAAGAAGAGAGCUGUCAGGAUCAUCUGGGUGGUGUUGGGGAUGCUGGUUUUCAAUAUGGUUCUUUUCAUUGUUUUCCCUUUGUUCACUAAAAUAAGUCCAGCUGUUUGGUUGCCCAUCGCGUUCACAUUUGCCACUUUUGGAAGUUCAGCGCAGGCUUUCCUGUUCCUCAGCAGGGCCGGAGUACUGCCAUGCAAGAGAUGAACUACGAGACCCUAUAUAGUCUGUGUGUGUUUCACCGUGUGUGUGUGUGUGUGUGUGUGCGCCUUUACAAACACAAUAUCAAAAGAAUUGUCGUUUUUAUUUAAAGCUCCAUGCGCUUUGCAAUAAGGAAAAUAUUUACUUGGAAAUAGACAUGAUCAACAUAAAAACAGGAAUAGAUUAACACAAUCUAUGUAAAAUAAAGGUCAAUUAAAAUAACAAUAAAAAAGUAAAAAGAAAAAUGUGUUGAAGAAAUCGAGAAGUCAAAUGAAGUUAAAUGUGGAGGUCACACAGUCUGUCCCUCAUUUUUAUUGGGAUC